GGGCUGACUCCUAACAUGAUUGACCAAACCAUAUUUAAGGAUGUGAAUGAGAUUCAUGCUAGAUUAUUAGACCACAGACCAGUUUUACAAGGACAUAUCAACCAUUUUGUACAAGAAUUUGAGGAUAAAAGACAAAACAGGGAACCAGAGAGAUUAGAAAAAGUUUUAGACAAUGUUAAAGAAAUGAACGAGAAGCUGAUCCCUGAGAGUCUGAAAGCUAUGCAGGUCUUCUUGCCUGAUAUAUCUGCUAAAGUAAAAGUUGCUACAGAAAUGUGCAGGAAAAUUGAAGAUGGUGAAAUACUUGAGAACAAACAGCUGCGACAAAACAGAUCAUCAAGAAAAGAGCGAUGGGAUGAGUUCCUAAAGAAACAGUAUCAGAAUUGUGAUGAGAUUGAUACAGAUUUUAAUCAGCAAGUGGAACGUCUCAAAACACAUUAUGAAGACUUGGAGGAUAAGUUAGGUUACUCAACCAUGGCAAGUGCAUGACGCAAAAGGAUAUUUGUUCAUUAUUAUAUUGUUAAUUUAUUAUUAAAGUGUUAAAUUUGAA